AUGGCCCACCAUUCAAUGGUGUCGGCGGCUGUGAAUAUCGAUCUUGAACAUGUACAGGGCAAUGAUGUCGAGCCAUCAGACGGCCCGGAGGAGAUCGUGGAGGAGAUGGAAGUGCAGCGCCAGACGAGCCACUCUACAAAUCCGUCCGGAAAGUCUGAGCGAGAGAAGGUCGAGGAGUUUACGAUGCAGCGCGAGAUUGAGCGCUUGCGCUCCUUCUAUUUCGUGCUCCAGCUGGCCUUUGCUACUCUUGCCUCUGGAGUUAUUCUGACGGCUUUGACAGAACUCAUGUGGAGAAAUCUCCCUGCUGGACGCACGACUGAGAGCAUUAUAUCUGGCCUGUCUGUCUUAGCAUGGUUUUUGACGUCUUCAUCGAUCACCAUUGUUUCGACUUGCCCGAUUGAUGAAGUGGACCUCAACUCCUUCAUGCAGUCUCGGCCAUUGGCAUGCGCUUUUCUGGCUAUCCCGCCAUUGUCAUCAUCUGCGCCACGGGUGUUGGAGAGGCCUUACGGGCGAUGGGUCUCCUGCCUCGUGGGGCUGGCUUUAUUAGUACAUGGCUGCACUUGCAGGAGGAGAUGUCUGCGAAAGUGCCCCAAACUCUGCAGACACCUUUGGCCCUCUUUUUGCACUCUGAUGGAGGUCUGGUACUUGGACACGAUGCUCGCGGGCACCUUGACCGAAAUAGCCUCGAAUGACCGCAUGCUCGCCUUCAAUAUUUGGUCGGCUGCGACUACUGCUCCAGCCUUCCUGCUGGAGGGAUGGUUGCGCUGGAGAGGGGUAAAGCCCACCUUACGAUUCUACAUGAUGAGCUAUGCUGCGCUGAUGAGCACCAGUGGUUACCAUGCAUGCAGAGGGAUUGAGAUGGCCCUUGGAUUCAGGGACUGGGAGGAGGGUCGACAGCUAGAUAUCGCCAUUAUUGCAGCCUUGUCCUUCGCUGCAAUGCUGCUCCUUCCACUUCUGGGUGUGCUGUUCUUCGGACGACGGCGGCUCUUUCGCCUGUUGUCGGAGUGGCUGGACCAGCGCCGUGGUCAAAAGCUCCAGGAUGGGGCCUUCAUGGCGAUGCUGCUGGACUCCUACCUGGUGGAGCUGGGACAGCCAUGGUGGCUGUCCACCGAGGAGCUUCGGGACCUACCCGACGUCUCCCAAGUCCCUGGGGUCCUCCGUCCUUCCUCCAGGCCUUUGACAGGCCACGCUGAUGGAAGGGGUACCGAAACUGGGCGUGCUGGAUUUCUCGUCGCCAAGGUCACGGCGGUGGCUGAGGACGGCAGCUUUUACGUGCAGACCGGAGAUGGGCGUCCGGAGGUCAAGGUCAAUCAGAAGCAGCAGGUCCUCCCUUGGCCAGAGCUGCUGAAGCUGGCAAGCAACGGUCUGCGCUGCGUUGACUGGGUCUCUCAGGGGCCCGCGGAUUGGAUGCAGAGCGCCGGUCCCGGCUUUAGACUCUCCCGGCAAGUGGCCAAGGGAGAAGUCAUCGACUUCUUUGUGUCCCACUCGUGGUCGGAUGGGCCAGAGAGGAAGUGGCGGGCCCUUCAGCUAGUGGCAGAGAUGUUCUACGCUCAGCAUGGGAGAUAUCCCACCUUCUGGGUCGACAAGUUCUGCAUCGAUCAGCGUGACGUGGCCGAUGGCCUUCGCGUGCUGCCGGUGAACGUGAUGGCUUGCAGGAAGGUCCUUGUGCUUUGUGGAUGCACCUAUCCUACCCGUCUUUGGUGUGCUUGGGAACUUUGUGUUUUGCUUUCCUUCAUGUCGCUGGAGAUGGCACUGAAACAGCUGGUGGUCAUGCCCUUGAGCCAAGUGUCCUUGGGCGAACUGGCGAAGUUUGACUCUUCGGUAGCCCGGUGCUACAACCCGAACGAGGAGCUCCGUCUCCGCCGUGUGAUCACGGCCAUUGGCCAGGUGCGCUUUGAGUCCAAGAUACGAGCUGUUGGACAGCUCAUCCUCGACAGGGAGCUGAACGGCCAAGGGCUGAUGAUGGAGAGCGCUGGCGGCAAUUUCGGAGAGCGCUUCCGCUAUCAGCUGAGCGAAUCCAGCUAUGCCUCCGAGCCUUGCGAGAGAGAAGACUCUUUGGUCCAGGAGGUGUUCUGA